AAAAAUGGUUUUUAUCUUGUUGUUCUGUGAAGUGGAGAGAGACUGCAGAGGAGAAAGGGAGGGGAGAAGCUAUGGAUAAGUUCUUUGCGAGUGCUUACAAAGGAGACCCGGGAGUGCCGCAUUCGGGGCCUCAACCGUUCGUCAACAUGUGGAUCGGGACGGCGCUGUUCUCCGUCAUGACAUGGAUCAAUCCCUAUUUCUGGCAGCUCAGUACUCAAUUCAACUGGCAUGAUAAAGCAUUUCUAUUUGAACAAUACCAUUGGAAGAAAGCAAGGGCAAAGAAACAGCCAUAUAAAUUUAAGUGGAAUCAGCAGGACAGGCAAAUCAGGGACUCAUAUUAUAAUAACUGGGCCGACUACUUUCCUUAGAUUUAUCUUUUCCAUUGUCAUGCUUUCUGAUACAUAGUAUGAGCAAGGAGACUUGUCCUGGAGAUAUUUCACUCUUUUAUUUCUCUUCCCAUCCUAGCUAUGCAUUCUGUUAUCUUUCCUAUUGCAUUUUGGUUGAUUUAAAGAGUUAAACACUGGCAGGAUCUUUUGCUUGUCAGUAUUUCUUACAAUGCCAAUGAGCAGUGUGUUACUACUUAUGCAUGCCCUGUAUUUUCAAAAAUCGUAAUAUGAUGAUUUGCUAUUGAAUAUGCAGAGUGUUACUUCUUAUGCCUUCCGCGUAAUAGUAGGAUCAUUGUUUGUCCCAGAAAUCAGUGGGGUAGGGUUCAGCUCAGCUUGUUUGGUUUGCAAUUUUUGAGAGAAACUGCUACCUCAGGAAACUACACACCAAACAUGUCCUCUAGUUCAUGAAUAAAGCUUGCAAGUCGUU